AGUAGGAAAAACAGGGCCGUGGCGGGAGAGGAGGGUCAGCAAUGGCAGGCCUCGAGAAGUCUCCACCCAAGGUCACAGCGCCCGUCCGACGGCGGCGAACAGCGGGGAGUCUCCCCGAAGCCCCGCCCCUCCAGGGGGCCGAAGCCUUUAUCUCCCUUGAGACAGAGUACGUUGCCUUUAAGGCGUUUAGAAAAGUCACCACGUCGGCGGACGGGUAACGAGGCGCGGCGCGUUUUGUCCCUCGCGGGCCUCCGUGGGCCCGGCCGGGCGCGAGGGCGGGGCAGGGGAACGGCGGUGGGGUCAAAGGCUACAGCGCGCACCACGUGGGCCGGAGACUCCGUCCUUCCCGCAGCGGCCGCGGCGCGCAGGGCACUUGGGUUAGUGGCGCGGCGGGCGGCGCGGACAGCCGAGCUGGACGCCCGCUCCUGCCACCAUGGUCAUCAAGACGGACGAGUUGCCAGCGGCCGCCCCGGCCGACAGCGCCCGGGAGCACGGCUCGCAGGCCGGUGGCAAGGGGCGGCCGGGCGCGGCCGAGCCACCAUCAGUCAUGCUCUUGAACGGGGACUGCCCAGAGAGCCUGAAGAAGGAGGAGCAGGCAGCCGAGCCACCUCGGGAAAAUGGGCUGGAUGAGGCUGAGCCGGGAGAUGAGACCACUGGACAGGAAGUCAUUGUCAUUCAGGACACGGGCUUUUCUGUGAAGAUUCUGGCCCCUGGGAUUGAGCCCUUCUCGCUGCAGGUGUCCCCCCAGGAGAUGGUGCAGGAGAUCCACCAGGUGCUCAUGGACCGUGAAGACACGUGUCACCGCACCUGCUUCUCGCUGCACCUAGAUGGCAACAUGCUGGACCACUUCUCAGAGCUGCGCAGUGUUGAGGGGCUGCAGGAGGGCUCAGUGCUCCGCGUGGUGGAAGAGCCAUACACGGUGCGCGAGGCCCGCAUCCAUGUACGCCACGUCCGAGACCUGCUCAAGAGCCUGGACCCAUCUGACGCCUUCAAUGGAGUUGACUGCAACUCCUUGUCCUUCCUGAGUGUCUUCACUGAUGGCGACCUGGGAGACAGCGGGAAGCGGAAGAAGGGCUUGGAGAUGGACCCCAUUGACUGCACGCCACCCGAAUACAUCCUGCCGGGGAGCCGGGAGCGGCCGUUGUGUCCCCUGCAGCCCCAGAACCGUGACUGGAAGCCCCUGCAGUGCCUGAAAGUGCUGACCAUGAGUGGCUGGAACCCGCCCCCUGGCAACCGCAAGAUGCACGGGGACCUCAUGUACCUGUUUGUGAUCACAGCUGAGGACCGGCAAGUCAGCAUCACCGCGUCCACACGGGGCUUUUACCUGAACCAGUCCACAGCCUAUCACUUCAACCCCAAACCCGCCAGCCCCCGCUUCCUCAGCCAUUCCUUAGUGGAGCUGCUCAACCAGAUCAGCCCAACCUUCAAGAAAAACUUCGCUGUGCUGCAGAAGAAAAGGGUCCAGCGCCACCCGUUCGAGAGGAUCGCCACCCCGUUCCAGGUAUACAGCUGGACAGCCCCGCAGGCGGAGCACGCCAUGGACUGUGUGCGCGCAGAGGAUGCCUACACCUCGCGGCUGGGCUACGAGGAGCACAUUCCUGGACAGACCCGGGACUGGAACGAGGAGCUGCAGACGACCAGGGAAUUGCCCCGAAAGAACCUGCCUGAGCGGCUGCUUCGAGAAAGAGCCAUAUUCAAGGUGCACAGUGACUUCACAGCGGCUGCCACUCGGGGCGCCAUGGCAGUCAUUGAUGGCAACGUGAUGGCCAUCAACCCCAGCGAGGAGACCAAGAUGCAGAUGUUCAUCUGGAACAACAUCUUCUUCAGCCUGGGCUUUGAUGUCCGCGACCACUACAAGGACUUCGGUGGGGAUGUGGCGGCCUACGUAGCACCCACCAACGACCUGAACGGCGUGCGCACGUACAACGCAGUGGACGUGGAGGGGCUGUACACGCUGGGCACGGUGGUGGUGGAUUACCGUGGCUACAGGGUCACAGCCCAGUCCAUCAUCCCGGGCAUCCUGGAGCGGGACCAGGAGCAGAGCGUCAUCUAUGGGUCCAUCGACUUUGGCAAGACGGUGGUGUCGCACCCCCGCUACCUGGAGCUGCUGGAGCGCACCAGCCGGCCCCUCAAGAUCCUGCGGCACCGGGUACUCAACGACCGCGAUGAGGAGGUGGAGCUCUGCUCCUCGGUCGAGUGCAAGGGCAUCAUCGGCAAUGACGGGCGCCAUUACAUCCUCGACCUGCUGCGCACCUUCCCCCCGGACCUCAACUUCCUGCCUGUGCCUGGGGAGGAGCUGCCCGAGGAGUGCACCCGCGCUGGCUUCCCGCGAGCCCACCGGCACAAGCUCUGCUGCCUGCGCCAGGAGCUGGUAGAUGCCUUCGUGGAGCACAGGUACCUCCUCUUCAUGAAGCUGGCCGCCCUGCAGCUGAUGCAGCAGAAAGCCGGCAAGCUGGAGAACCCCACCUCCCUGGAAAAUGGUGGGCCUCCCUCCUCGGAGUCCAAGCCUGAAGACCCUCCGGGCCCCGAGGCGGAAAGGGAGGAGGAGGGCAGCAGCGCCAGCGGCCUGGCCAAGGUGAAGGAGCUGGCAGAGACCAUCGCCGCGGACGACAGCACAGCAGACCCUCGGAGCCGGGAGGUGAUCCGCAACGCGUGCAAGGCAGUCGGCUCCAUCAGCAGCACGGCCUUUGACAUCCGCUUCAACCCUGACAUCUUCUCGCCAGGGGUUCGUUUCCCUGAGUCCUGCCAGGACGAAGUUCGGGACCAGAAGCAGCUGCUGAAGGACGCGGCUGCCUUCUUGCUCUCCUGCCAGAUCCCUGGCUUGGUGAAGGACUGCACAGAGCACGCAGUGCUGCCCAUGGACGGGGCCACGCUGGCCGAGGUGAUGCGCCAGCGCGGCAUCAACAUGCGCUACUUGGGCAAGGUGCUGGACCUGGUGCUCCGGAGCCCAGCCCGCGACCAGCUGGACCACGUCUACAAAAUAGGCAUCGGGGAACUCAUCACCCGCUCUGCCAAGCACAUCUUCAAGACAUACUUGCAGGGGGUCGAGCUCUCGGGGCUCUCAGCCGCCAUCAGCCACUUCCUGAACUGCUUCCUGAGCUCUUACCCCAACCCCGUGGCCCACCUGCCCGCUGACGAGCUGGUCUCCAAGAAGAGGAACAAGAGGAGGAAAAACCGGCCCCCAGGGGCUGCGGAUAACACAGCCUGGGCUGUGAUGACCCCCCAGGAGCUUUGGAAGAACAUCUGCCAGGAGGCCAAGAACUACUAUGACUUCAGCCUCGAGUGCGAGAGCGUGGACCAGGCCGUGGAGACCUACGGUCUACAGAAGAUAACACUGCUGCGCGAGAUCUCGCUGAAAACCGGCAUCCAGAUCCUGCUGAAGGAGUACAGCUUCGACAGCCGCCACAAGCCCGCGUUCACCGAGGAGGACGUGCUCAACAUCUUCCCCGUGGUCAAGCACGUCAACCCCAAGGCCUCGGACGCCUUCCAUUUCUUCCAGAGCGGGCAGGCCAAAGUGCAGCAGGGCUUCCUCAAGGAGGGCUGUGAGCUCAUCAAUGAGGCCCUGAACUUGUUUAACAACGUGUACGGCGCCAUGCACGUGGAGAUCUGCGCCUGCCUGCGCCUCCUGGCCCGGCUGCACUACAUCAUGGGCGACUACACCGAGGCCCUGAGCAACCAGCAGAAGGCCGUGCUGAUGAGCGAGCGGGUGAUGGGCAUUGAGCACCCCAACACCAUCCAGGAAUACAUGCACCUGGCCCUGUACUGCUUCGCCAGCAGCCAGCUGUCCACGGCCCUGAGCCUGCUGUACCGCGCCCGCUACCUCAUGCUGCUGGUGUUCGGGGAAGACCACCCUGAGAUGGCUCUGCUGGACAACAACAUCGGGCUGGUGCUGCACGGCGUGAUGGAGUACGACCUGUCGCUGCGCUUCCUGGAGAACGCGCUGGCCGUCAGCACCAAGUACCACGGGCCCAAGGCCCUCAAGGUGGCCCUCAGCCACCACCUUGUUGCCCGGGUCUACGAGAGCAAAGCCGAGUUCCGGUCGGCCCUGCAGCACGAGAAGGAAGGCUACACCAUCUAUAAGACCCAGCUGGGCGAGGACCACGAGAAGACCAAGGAGAGCUCCGAGUACCUCAAGUGCCUGACCCAGCAGGCCGUGGCCCUGCAGCGCACCAUGAACGAGAUCUACCGCAACGGCUCCAGCGCCAACAUCCCUCCCCUCAAAUUCACAGCCCCCAGCAUGGCCAGCGUCCUGGAACAGCUCAACGUCAUCAACGGCAUCCUCUUCAUUCCUCUCAGCCAAAAAGACCUGGAGAAUCUGAAAGCUGAGGUGGCACGGCGGCACCAGCUCCAGGAGGCCAGCAGGAACAGGGAUAGGGCAGAGGAGCCCAUGGCCACGGAGCCGGAGCCAGCGGGGGACCCAGAGGACGUGGGCUCCCAGCCCCAGGCUGCCAAGGACCCUUCUUCCCCGAGCUUGCAGGGAUAGGGAGAGACAGACGGACAAUCAGCGGCCCCGUCACCAGUGAUGCAGCUUCCAGGAGAAGGGGGCAUGCCUGCAGAUCCGAAGAGGAAGCGAGUCCCUCUUCUUCCAUGUUCCACCCCACCCCCACCCCCAGCAUCUUCCUGGGACCCCAGCCUGGCCUGCCCGCCCCCAAAAAGAUGUUUUUGCACUGGUUCACUGAAUAUACGAUGCAGAGGCCUAAGUGAAGACCCGUGAAUGGAGUAUGUGGGCAUCGGUUCCCAGCUGGGGGGCAGGUGCCCCCCAGGCCCCUAUCCUCCAGCAGGUGUGUGCGAGUGUGUCCGUGCCCAUGAGUGUCACGAUCUGUCCUUCCUAACUUGUACAUAGCCCCGAGUCGGUUCUGAGUGGAUGAUGUGCAGCUGAGACUUCUCAGGUCAUUUGUAUGUUUGACAUUAUGGCUGCUGCUUUUGCUGCCACUACCCCCAGGCCCAACCUGGCUGAAAGUCUAGGUUUUAAGCCAAAAAAGACGGGGCUUUCGUGUGUCCUGGGAUGGGGAGCCAGAGCUCUGUGGCAGGGCUGGAGGGUUGGGUGCACUUUAGUUUUGUGGCUGUAGCUCCAGGGUGAGGGUGAGGGGUGGGCAGUGGCAGUCCCCGGGCACCCGUGCACCCACCCUUGCCUGUCUGCCCUUGGGUCCAGCAGGAGGCGCUGCCACGGGCUCUGACAGGCCUCCCUACUGCACCCCAGGCGGGGAUAACCUUGGGGGCUAGUCUGAAUGUAUCCUUCUCCCCAUUUUAACCUGAGCUGCCUAACGCACAGUGGGGUGGGGUGGGUGGGGGGCUGGGGGACCAGGCUGAAUUAUGGAUCCUGGGGGAAGGUUACCAGGUACAGGAGUGACUGUCACCUCUGUGGAGCCCGGCUCCCUACCUGGUCCUGGCCCCAAUGCACCUUCUAUGGAGAGUAGCUCUGGGGGUAGCAGGCGGUUCCCAGAGGCCCCGGCGCCCCCCACUCCCCGCCCGCCUGUGCCGCUUCUCUGUGCCUGCUGUCAGAGCCCUGGGGUGGGAGGUCGCACCGUGAGCCGGGGGAGCUGUGUCUGGCGGGCCGGCCUGGGUCUGUCCAGACACCUUGUGUCAAAGGGAGUGGGCGUGAGCUAGCAAGUGAAGCAUCCCCACAGCUGAUCAAGAACUUUUUCUUGUUUUUAAACCAUCACGUCUUCAUUUCACAUUGGAAUAAAGUGAGUUUUUGAAACCUGC